GCUGUUCUUUUUGAUUUCCCGCGCUUGGAACCUCAUGUCUGUGUAGAACAAGAUGGCUGACACCGAAAAACCAGUACAAAAUGCCGAAGAAGACGCCGAAGAGUCUCCCAAGGACGAUGAAAAGGUCAAAGACGCGAAAGUUGAUGGGAAGAAGAGCAAAGCCAAAUCCAAAGCUAAACCCGUAAAAGAAGAAAAAGAAGAAGAGGAGGAGGAAUCUUCAGAAGAAGAAGAUCACCCAGGGUUAUAUGACAAGCCAUUGGUCAUCGAAGGAAAACGAGAAAGAAAGAAGACRGAAUUUCUUGUAAAAGACCCAGAUGAAAGAAAAAAGCCUGAACCACUUCAGUUUAAUGGAACAGGAGAUGCACUAGGGACAAUGGAAGUUGUUAAUCAUGAAAUUACCCAAAGCACAGCAUUUGAACUAAAGCCUAUGCACAAGUUACUGUUUGGACGCGAGGGCAGGGCAAAUGAAAUCAAGAAAAAUAUAAGAUUAUUUAAUGGAUUUAAAAUUGAGGAGGGAACUAAAGAAUAUGAGAACAAGAAAUUUGGCUUGGAAAAGUUCACAAAUGAAGGGUUAAAGAGGUUGCUAGAAAUUUUAGAUCUUGAAAAGAAAGGAACCAGGGAGGAUCUGAAGGAACGUAUUUUUACAUUUUUAUUGAAUCCAAAAGAAACAGGCAGAUCUCUCAAAGCUUUACAGAAGAAAAAUGAGAAAAAGGCCAAGAAAAAAGUCAAAGGCAAAGGUGAAAAAAGAAAAAGACAGCCAUCAAAGGCAAAGAAGGCUAAAAAGCCUAAAGGAAAAGAAGAGGAAAUAGAAGAAGAUGAUGAUGAUGAUGAAGAGAAGGAUAAGGAAAGUGAGGAUGAGGAAGAAGAAGAGCAACCCGAAGAACCYAAAAAGAAAAAAGCAAAAACUGAGACACCAACAAAAGCCAAGUCUACGCCAUCAAAACCUAAACAGAAAACGCCAUCAAAGAGUAAAAARGAAGAUAAAAARGAAGCCAAAAAGAAGAGUCCAAAAGCCAAGAGUAAGCCAGUUACUGUGAAAAUUACUGCUGGAAAAAGGACCCCUAAAAAGACACCUGUCAAGGUGAAUAAAGCAGAUGAUUCCUCYGAUGAUGAACCUCUUUCUAAGAAGACAAAGAAACAAGAACCAACUAACGAUGAGUUAGCUAAAACAGUCAAGGAUUUAUUAAAAGAUGCAGACCUUGACGAAAUUACAGUGAAAUCUGUUAGCAAAGAGGUAUUUGCCAAGUAUCCUGAUUUUGAUUUAUCUGAGAAAAAAGGAUUUAUCAAGGAAACUAUAUACUCUGUAAUAGCUGGAGAUUCCACGGACUAGUACAUACAUAUUAACAACAACGACUAACUCCAAAUCGUAAUGUUUUUAAUGUUAUUUUAUUUUAUAAAAACUAGAAGAGCAUAGACAACAAUACAACUAUAGCAAUAUUGUGAAUGUACUACAUUCCAGACCUAUACUGUAGUUAGAGUUUUUUUCAAAAUUUAUUCAUAUCAACACAUUUUACCUUUUUAAAUGUCGUCAGAUCAUAAAGUAAUAUUAUUAUAAUGAUGAUUUUAAAUUGCACUUACCAUACGGCAAAAGUCAUGUACAUGUAGGGAACUCUGUUUGGACAAGUUCAAACUAUCAGAACUUCCAGUAAAAGAAAUAAACUAAACCAACUAUUCUGAAA